GAAUGCGCCAAGACAUUACUCUAUUGCCGAUGAGGAAACUAACACUUUCUGGGCACCAACAGUUCGCCCGGUGAAUUGGCUCAGCCAAACAACAUUCUUGCAAGCUUGAAUUCUUCCAUAUACAUCAAUAAAGGCCCGGAGACUCAAACGUGCCGCCACAACCUAGGCCUGCCUAAAUGUGGGUUUGACGUUGCUGCGUCCGCCUUACUCGCUCCAACGUGCUUCUGAGUGCUAAUACAUCCGUAGAAUGACUGCGUGACGCUGAAACGACAGGGAUGUGGGGCCUUGUCAGCUCCGAGUUGCAAACCUCCGAGGCAGAGACGCCCGGCUUAAAGCUGCCGGCACUGAGGGCAGGAUGGCAAGCCUUGAAAGAGAAGCUGGGAGUCGCGCGUGCAAGUGACACCCUAGUGGUCCAGCGCCGGAGACAGGGGGACAGCGACGACGGGGACAGCGACGACGGCGACGAUGACUUUAGCGAAUUCAAGUUUUUUAACAGCAAUGAUAAGCGGAGUGCUCCUGUGGUGCCCUCGGGUGCGGGGAAAAGCUCCACGAGUGCUAUUGCAUCCGUCUUACUACGGUCAGGCGACUAUGGUGACAGCGGCCAGGCACCUAAGCGCGAGCGCUUUGCUGCCGUGUCGUCCAAGGCGCUGCAGGCGCGAAUAACAGACAGGGUCAACAGCUACGGCGCGAACGGACCGCUGGAAAGCAGCCCACCCGGUGCCACGGACACCGUCGGACACGGGCGGGCGCCAGAGGGCAUCCUGGCGAUGUCGCAGUCCUUUCGCAACGGCGUCCGGGCCCACCGUGGAUCGUGGGGCGACGGCUCUGGCCUCACUCUGAAAAUUUCGUCAGACGCAGCGCCGAGGGCUGUCCAGCGCGAGAGCGGCACGGCCACGCCUUCGCCAGCCGCGACGCCCUCAGGCGCAAGCCGCACCAGCGACGCCUAUUGGGCGACUAGCCCCUCGCACCAGCACCUGCAACCACAAAGCGCCGGGCUGCGUGGCCUGUCGCCAUCGAGCUCCAACCCGCACGCACGGGACCAGCCGCUCAGCGCAUCGGGCCAGCAGCUGCUUGUGGUGUCGGCGGCGCUGCCGCCCCUGAUGCGGAGGUCGAGCUGGUCACUUGAGGAUUAUGACGUCAGUCGGCUGAUGGCAAAAACUAGCUCCUACGCCAUGCAGCGGGCGACCUGCAUGCAGUCUGGGUUGCCGGUAUGUCUCAAGAUGUACAACAUGAUGACCUUCUCCCGGGAGUCCUUCAACAUGCUGCGCCAGGAGGUGGAGCUGCAGGCCAGGCUGGUUCACAAGCACGUUCUGAAGAUGUUUGGGGCCUUCGUGGACGACGGUCAGUUCGUUGUCGUGUACGAGCACCCACCGCGUGGCGACCUUGCGGCAGUGAUGGAAAGGUUCAGGCUGGGAGCCGCUGAGGUCGCGGACGUGGUCAUUCGGCCGCUGCUGUCCGCCCUCGCCUUCAUGCAUUCGCGCGGCGUGUGCCACGGCAACAUCAAGGGUGAAUGUAUCUUGUUCAUGCAGGACUGGCGAUUGGCGCUCACAGGCUUGGCUUCCGCAACUAACUUUGCCCCGGCGAGCCACAGCCGACGGCACCGGCGCAACGAUUCCGAUGGCUGCAGCAGCCAGCACCAGCACUACCAGGGCAGCACCGCCGUGCGCAGUGCCAGCAUGAUGCAAGGCGGCAGCCGCAGCAGCCGCAGCAGCCGCAGCAACAUGGGCGCGGCAACAACCGCCCUGCUCAACACCGCGCCCGAGCUCGUGCACGGCUCCCGUUCUGGCGGGGGCGGCGCGGCGCUUGUGGAUGAGGGCAGCUGGAGCGGAGGCGGAGGCGGCGACAUUGACUAUUUCAAUGAUCCGGAAUUUGCCGGCAAGGCCGCGGCUGACGUGGCAAUGGUGGGGCGUCUGACGUAUGAGCUGCUUGUGGGCUGCCCGCCGCCCAUCCGCCUUGCGGACAUGGAUGACGAUGACGCAAAUGACGCGCUGGAGGAGGAUGACAGCGAUGCGGGCGGCGGCUACGAUGACGGCGGCGGCGACGCAGGCCGGUGGCGCAGCCAGGCGCGCAUGGUGUCGUGUCCGGAGCACCUGCACUUUCCGUCGUCAGUGCCGCCGCAGGCGCGGCGCUUCAUCCGCUGCAUGCUUGCGCACGACGCGUUUGACCGGCCGCUGGCAUCUGACCUGCUGCGUGACCCCUGGCUGCUGGCGAUGGCGCAGACGGCUCGGCGGCGCUCGAGUGAGAUGCGGCGGUAGCAGCGGCAACGUGCCGGAGGGAGCGGCCAGGGCAGUGGGGGUGCGAGUGAGGCCGUGGUGAGGCCUCGGCAAGGUCAUAUUGGGAAAUAACGUGAGAGCUGAAACGAGCAAGAGCGCGGCGGGCUGCGCGAUUCUUGCUGGACUGCAUGUCAUUCAUAGUAUUCGUACUCGUAUUCAGUGGUUCGUUGCAAUAAGGUGAUGCCGUGUUGGGAAGCAAUCGUCGGGCAUGUGAGUGGUUCACUGGCGCGUGUAGGAUUCUGUGAUGGAUGGGCCCUUCUCUGUAUAACAAUUCAUCAGCUUCGGGCAUUGUUCAUUUAGAACCUUGGAAUGCCGUGAAUAUCCCAAAUGAGUCCCUGCUAAAGACGUACGACUGGUUGCCUAAGGGAUUUGGACUGUGUGAAGCGCCUGGAGAACUCAAGAAGGAUGCAAACGGAGUUGUGGAGGACACGUGCGAUACUAUGACAUGUGCUGGAGCCUCGGGCGAGCUGAGUCGUGAAGACGUAGUGAUCGUUGUUGAGUGCCAGGACCAUUUACGGCACACAAGCACAGGUGUGCGAGAGGGGCGUGUCAAGAUUUCAAUGCUAGCGGGUGCGUGGUGCCAGUGGUGCUGAGCAGGCACGGCCCCUCCAGACCACAAUAAACCGUAGACUCAGCCAUGGAGGUUUCAAUAAUCGUACACUGAUAUGUGCAGCGGCUGUGUGGAGGGGACGUGACGGCCGCAGGCCGGAACAGGGGUGAUCAAUGGAAUGGGUGAGUCGUAAGUGCCGCUGUUUGAGGGUGCCCUGUGAGCGCAGUAACUUUGGUCGACAGUGUAUGUAGCGCCUGUAACAGGAGCACAUCCCGUGCGGCGGAAUAUUUUGCUGUGCCGGAGCCGAAACGUGGGCUGGGGGCAACAGCAACAUCACCCCGCACGCUGUGACAGCGGAACAUGCGGUGCGGCGGAAUAUUUUUGCUGUGCCGCAGCCGAAACGUGAGCUGGGGGCACCAGCAACCUUACCCCGCACGCUGUAACAGCGGCGCAUGCCGUGCGGCGGAACAUUUUGCUGUGCCGGAGCCGGAAUGUGGGCUGGGGGCAACUGCAGCCGCAUUUGGCACGCUGCAGCAGGACAAGCUUGUUUGCCAUUGCACCAGAUGCCCAGUACCAGCCAUGUGUACCAAGCUGUGCGUUUGUGUGGAGUUCCUGUUUUGAGAUGGAUGCACGGCACGAAUGAGGAUUGAGGGAUUGCUGACACGGCCUGCCACACCCCUGGCCUGACACGAACCGUGCAUAGGUCGGGGGCGGAGCCCCCGGAAAAAUUGUGGGAUGAAAGAUGCGGCGGCAGCGGACUGCUGAUAAUUAAGGAUGCCCUUUUUCGGACAUCUGUCACUGGCGCCGCCCCUGCCUUCUUAAGAUACGAGCACUGCUCUAACGACCACACCGGCCGCGACAUGGCGGACGGCAGCGCGGGAGACACCGCAAGCAGCUUGGACUGGGCGGCGGCGACGGCGGCACCAACCCAACUAUGGCACCGACCCAACACUAAGGCCUGGACCGUGUACCAGGGAGUAGCUAGCAUAUGAUCAGCGAGGCUCAGCACUUUGCAGUGGCAAAGUUGCACGCACCCGCACGCGGCUUGUGGCGCAUACGCUGCUUGUCGUGCUGUGGUGGGAAGGCCGUGUUGCGGUGGAGGGGCUGUGUUGGACAGUGCGUUAUGCAGUUACCACCAGUGCAAGAUUGAGAAGGCGCCGAUGCGCUGUGUGAGGUUGCACAGUGCGUGACUCCGCUAUAACGUUUUGAAUACUGCGGGGUAGACUUUUCCAAGAGUUGCGUGCCGUUGUGGUGCACUCCUUCAGAAGAAAGGGCUUCCCUGACCUGCUGGCUAGCGGAUAGAUGCUCGCCUGAUUCGUGAAGGCUCUUGUGCCCAAGUGCUCCUCACGCAUGCGCAAGGCGGGGCUAUGCGCUGCUGCGACCUGAUAAUGGUGGAGAGACCGAGGUUGCUAAGGCGCGCCCGUGUUAAGUUGUCGUCCGAGUUCCCGAUCACUUAACACGGGCGCGCCUCGACACCCUGAGUGCCUGGAAUGUAUGGGGCGCCUGGAUGGGGACCUGGCGUGAAUGUGGUGUCAGAAGGCGGACCGCUGCGGGCCAAACACGCAUGUAUGACACACACAUAAUGCGGAUGUCUGGACGGAAAGUGC